GUCACAGGGCAGCCCCCGGCCCGGACCGGAGGGAUGCAGAGUGGCGGCGGCGGCGGCGGCAGUGGCGGAGACUGUGGCUUUAAGAGCGCUCGCCGAGCCGGGGAGCCAGCCGGGCGGUCCUUCGCUGCCGCGCACCCCGGCGGAGCCGAGCCGGCCGCCGGCCAGACGGGGCAGCCUGCAGCCGGGCUGCUGAGAACCACCCUCGACCUCAGUGUGAGGGUCCUUCCUCUGAAGAUAUCGUCAGUGUGUGGAGCCUGCCCCACACUCACCCCCUGCUAAAUCACGGCCUUUACCUGUGUCUUCCGGUGUUUCCCGUGCGACCCAUCCUGUGGCAGUGCCUCGUGGGCCGCCCCGGAGUUUGCUCCACGGUCAGCGGCACCAAUGGUGAAGAUGACAAGAUCCAAGACUUUCCAGGCAUAUCUGCCCUCCUGCCACAGAACCUACAGCUGCAUUCACUGCAGAGCCCACUUGGCCAAUCACGAUGAACUCAUUUCUAAGUCGUUCCAAGGAAGUCAAGGACGCGCAUACCUCUUUAACUCAGUAGUUAAUGUGGGCUGCGGGCCAGCCGAGGAGCGAGUGUUGCUAACAGGAUUACAUGCAGUUGCAGACAUUUACUGUGAAAACUGCAAAACCACGCUGGGCUGGAAAUAUGAACAUGCUUUUGAAAGCAGCCAGAAGUAUAAAGAAGGCAAAUACAUCAUUGAAUUAGCACACAUGAUCAAGGACAAUGGCUGGGACUGAUCCAGAGAGCAUCCAUCCAAACCAGUGUCCACGUGAAUGCCAUCCAACUGAACAUUCUCCCCAAGCGUGAGAGCGUGAUUGAACACUUUGGUUCCAUCCAUUUAGGGGCCUUGCCAUCUGGGGCAUUCUCCCACCCUAACACCAUCCUUCCGGUGACCGGCCCCUAAAUUGCUGUCUCUCUGUCUCUUUGCUUUGUAUCUGUUUGUGAGUUGAUCCUGGCUUCUCUCUCUGUUCUGGUGUUGGCUAAAAACAUUUCAACAAAAGGAACAGAUGCCUGACCACAUGGCGGCAGCGCCUCUUGAUUUGGGCCUCUGGGCCCGUGUGUGAGUGCUGCCUGAUGGCCUCUUGACGGGAGCCUAGUGGCCCAGCUUGGGGGUAUGAGGAAGAGGGAAAGAAAAGGAGCCUUAAUGGUCUUGGGGGUGGGGGCGGGCCAGGGACUGGGAGGUAGAGGUAGGAACAAAAUUGUGCUGCUCCCAGAAACCUGGUAACUUAGGCUUGAAAUAAUCAACUUGUCUAAAAGGACAAAGAAAAAAAUACCUCAUGACUGCAUACUCUGUCUAAUCAGAUGCUUCUGUUCCUGACGUCGGAUGUGCCAGGUUAUCAAAUGAACACAAGAAGUGACCCUAAUUCUAGCUGGUGGGGCCGGGGACCUGGGCCAAGUUGGAGAAUGUCCUGGCAGCAAUGAGUGACUUGGGAAAGGCCCAAAUGGCUUUCGAUGAUUCUCUGUCUCUGCUGCUCCUCUGGGUAAUCUUUCCCUCAUUAGCCACUGUUGGAGAGAGGAGAGGGGAUUGCCAUGUACAGUGGGUGCAAGAGCCAAACUUCCCAAAGGUUUUGAUGAGCAACAAAAUAAAAAUCAGUAAUUAUUCUAGAGAUCAGGGAAUUAAGGGAGCUGCUCUUUGGAAGCCUCUGCAAAAAUGUCUCAGAUCUUAGGCCAGAAUCAAAAAAGCAGAACCAGUUAGCGAUUCCUUUUUUUUUUUCUUGACCUUUAAUAAUAAGAGCCUGUGAAAAGUAGGGGAGUUUUGGGGUGCAGUAGUGGGAAUUGUUUAGACUGGUAAGGUGCAUCUUUCCUCUCUGGUUUGUAGUAGCUUCUGAAAGAUCAGCAACUUUCUGUACAUAGAGUUGUGGAUGUUUUUCUCCAAUGCUGUCAUUGUACAAUGUAGAAAACAACAUCAUGAGCUUAGUGAUAACGUGGCCACUAAGUCCCUCAGGCCCCUAACUGUUCUCUUUAAAUUUGACGUGAGACUUUUAAGUUACAGAUUCUAUUAUUACCUCCCAUCCCUCACCUUCUCAUCCAAACUUCAGUAUCUUUGGGAAGCAGAGAACAAAUCCCUGUAAGGCUCAUAAGAGAGAGAGGGAUUUGUUAAUAUUUAAUCAACACUGUGAAGUCUGUUCUAUAGCAAUUCAACCAGUACAUGGUGCAUGACUAAAACUCAUUUAACUGAGUUUCAUGGAAAACCUUCUUAUUUGUAAAGGCGGGUUAUGUUAGGUGAAUCUUAGCAUCUCAUUUUCCCAGUAGGCUGAUCCUAUGCGUAAAGUCAGCUUGUCACAAGGUGGGCCAGAGAGAUCGCUAAAUGGCCUGAGCAUACACUUUGCACGCAGGAGGCCUGUGUUUGAUACCUGGCACCCCGUGAUCCCCCAUGUACCACUAGUAGUGAUCCCCCAACACAGUGCUGGAAAUACCUCCUAAGCAUCACUGGGUACAACUCCCAACAAAAAGCAUAUGAAAAAAGUCACAAAAAAUGAGUUCCGGAGUCAUGAAUCUGAAAAAUGAGAAGAAUCUGCGAGAUGAUGAAUCGAAAUUAAAGUGUCCACCCCAGACAUUUCAGAAUUGAACCAGAUUUCUACUGGGAGGGUGUUCCCAUGGAAAAACAUUUUUGUGUCUCUGAUGCUAAUGGCCGGUGGGCAGCCGAGCUGCUCUGUUCUGCAAUGGGGUCGGCAGGACUGAUGAGGCAGGGCAGUACCGGAGAGCUGCAGCCUCUGGAAGGCCAAAGGUCCUUAGCACUAGAAUUUUGUUCCCCAAAACUUUUUGCCUCUCAAGUUUCGGUGCUUUCGUACUAGGAGUUUUCCGCACAUCUGAGGUUCAGAUGUAGCAUUUUAUUUCUGCUCCCCAAAAAAGUUUCUUUUUGACCCCCAGACCCAUGAUCUCAAAAAGAGUUUUGUGGGUUUUGUUUUUCAAUUUUAACAUUCCUAUGCUGGCUUGUUAGCACAGAGAUCAUGGAUUUUCUUUCCCUGCCUCCCCUACCCCCCACCUUGAAGUGGUAAGUGACCUUUAUUCAUGAAUUCUGAUGGGUCUCAUGAAAUGGCCUGGACUACUGAGAUGCAAUUCAAAUGGGUAGGUGUUUUGUCUUUAAGCCAAAAUAAAAUAAGACAAAAUACAAUGGGGUAAUGCAGAAAAUAAAUAUUUGGGAUGUUCUAGAAUUUUCAGGGGGUACUAUUUUUUCUUAGGUUUGUGGUCCUCCAACUUUAUGGAUCUAACUGGCAUAACUCUUAACUAUGUGGAUUUAACUGUAUAACUCAUACCUGACUUGGAUCAAAGCAGGCUCCUCUUAGAUCUCGGUUCUGUUUUUUUUUUUCCAUUAUCCAUUGAGUAUCCAGUGGGUGCUUGGCACCAUGUUUGGUGCAAGAGAUCUGUGUAGAAAGUUUCCCAUAAGAACAAGGAAAAAAAAAUCUUACUAGACUUUCUCUUUGUGUCAAUGAAACCAAAAGUGCUUCUUAUAACUAACUCCAUUUGUGACUUGCAUAAAGUCUAACAGUAUUGGAGUGGUCACAGCUGAGCCGUGGGGACGUGUGACCUGAUGACAUGAUGGCCUCAGUCACUUCAUUCUUUAAUUUUCUCACCAAAUUGACUCAGAGCAUAACCAAAGACCUCAUCCAUCCCAUUUCCCCCUGCUCAGUUCAGGGAAUUGGAGUUUGAUGGUAAAGCUUAGGGAGGUCCAGGGACAAGAGGAAAGGGAGAAGCAAGAAAGGAAAGGUCUGAUGUUCUGUACCUCAGCCAGACGCUGCCUUCAUUUUCAGCUGAAGACCAGACGGCAGACUCCCGAGUUCUGUCUCCUGUGUGAGUCUAGGUUGUGUGACCAGAGCUGUCCUGGAUUACACCGAACCCCCAGGAUAUUAGUUUUAGAUUGUUGAUGGGUUGAUUUGAUGUGACUCAAGUACAGUCAAAUGUGAUGCCCGUAGACUGUCAGCUAGACCUGACUGAGUAUUGCCUCAACUCCUGUGACAGUACCAUCAUGGGAAUAGGACAGAGGAAACCGUGACUGGUGAGUCAGUACAUACAACAGAGGCAUCCCCUUUAUAAAAAGAUUUUCAAGUGGAUAUAUAUAUAUAUAUGUAUACACAUAUGUAUACAAAAAACACAUAUGUACACAUAUGUAUACAAAAACAUUUGCUUGUGAAAUAUGCUUUUGUAAAUAAUAUUUAAUUUUUUAAAUAAUAUAUUUGGUGCUGUUUUCUCAGAUUCCCUGAGAGCACUUUUUGUUUUGAUUUUUUGAUUCUAUGGUUUCCUCUGCAUUUCUUGAAGUAUAUUUUAAGGGAAACAAUGAUCAUCAAUGUAUUUUUUUUAAAGGUCUUCUACCACUUUAGUCUGGAUGGAGGCUCUUAAGCAAGGCCUCCCCGCAUUUGCCCCAGUAGAACAGAAAGCACUACAGUAUCAGGUUGAGAGUUGAAGUAUUUUCUUGCACCAGUAUUGGGUGGAAAAUGAAAUGAACUAAAAUUAAAUUUAGUGACAGCUUAGAGUGGUUGUCCUUUGAAGAAUUUCCUCCAAUUUGGAAUCUCGUUUAUAAAAGUGUGUGUGUGUGUGUGUGUGUGUGUGUGUGUGUGUCUUUAUGUCUGUAUGUCUGUCUGUCUGUCUCUCUGUCUGUCUGUGAAUGCAUGUGUGUGCAACCCUUUGAAUUGUGCCUCUUGCUUUCUUUUUUACUGGGGACACUACCUACAGUUUACACCUUGGGCACAUAAGGUUUUUCUUCUAUUUCUCUCUGGUUGUUUUGUUUCUGAAUGGACCAACAGCACAAACCACAAGGAUUUUGUUUUCUUGCAUGUGGAGCUCUUACCAGCGGACUUCUUUUAUCUUUUUCUGUGUGCUCAACUUUCACAGACCAUGGAGGAAACCUGUUGUUUGUGAAGAUAAAGCAGAGUCUGAUCUGUGUUUCUGAGACGUGAGUGUAUUCAUCCUGUAGCCCACGGCUCCUGUUGUUAAAGGAGCGACAGCAUGUUAACGAUUAGACUAGAUUGGAACUGAAAGAGCAUUAAUCCAAUUAUAUACAUACCUUGUUAGGUAAAAAGCUUUAAAAAAAUUGGUGAGAUUGCCUCAGGUUCAAAAGAAGGAGCUGGGAAAUCAAAUCUUGAGCUGUCAACUUACAUAUUUUAAAAGAAUCUGCCUCAAAUGAAGAGCAUACUAGUGAUCUAGGUGGAGGACAGAAAAGUAAUUUAAAAAUACAGUUAUAAAAUCUGCCAGCAGUGAAAGGUAAGGCCAUGAAGAGAAAAGUUAUUCUCAUCACCAAACUCUCUCUGCCAGUAUGUUUUUGGUACAAUAUUUUGGUGAAAGCAAGAGUUGGUUCCCUUUUUCCAACCUGCAGAGACUAUCUUUCAGUACAGAAUCUGUCUAUUUAUGCUUCUGUUUACAAACUGUAUUUGUUGGGUUUGGGUUUUGUUAUUUUAUUUUGCUUCAUUUUUUUUUUUGGUGGCAUUUUUCAAGACACUUUGCUUCAGUAACAAGAUAAUUAUUUUUAAAUAAUCUGUCUUUGCCUUCUCCUGUAUUUGUACAUAGUGAUUCUGUAUUAGAUACAAGUGCAUUGUUUCUGUCAUAUUUCCAAUCUGUGUUGGUGCUCAUUUGAGAAAAUAAAGUUUUCAAAUAUUA